AUGUGCGUGCUCGCGUCGCCGCACGGCAAGCGCCAGCACCUAGCCGUCAGCCACGAGAAGGGAAAGGCGCUCUGGCUUCCCGGCUCGCAGACGGAGCUCGCGAUCGUCACCGCGGACUUCGUGAAGGUGUACGACCUCGCGGCGGACGCGCUCAGCCCGCAGUACUACUUCCUGCUGCCGAGCGGGCGGCUGCGCGACUGCUGCUUCGUGUUCAGCGACGAUCAGCGAGCGAUGCUGGCGAUGUCGUCGUCGGGGCACCUCUACGCGCAGUUCAUGCAGGACUACAGCCGCGCCGUGCACGGGCCCUUCUACGUGACGAACGUCAUCGAGGUCAACCACCAGGAUCUGAAGGACAGUGGUGGGCAGGUGGCCGGCGGCGGCGUCUCCGUCUACUACUCACACGCCCUACAGCUGCUCUUCUUCUCCUUCCCUCUCCCUCUCCUCCUCCUCAAGGUCAAUCACCAGGAUCUCUCUCUCUCUCUCUGUAGGUCAACCACCAGGAUCUGA